UCUCCUUGCAUGGCCCUUGCAAUAAACCUUUUUCUGAUCCAAAGUUCAACAUUUCUGUGUGUUUGGCCUCACUGUGGGGGCACAUGAACUUGGGUUCCACCAGAAGAACAGCAGGCAGGGGGCCUGUAGGUGGCUCUCUCUCUGUCCUCCCAGGCAGGGCUCCAUCCUUCACGCAGAGAGAGAAUUCAGGAGCAAUGUGAGCCUGGAUUAGGAGAUCACUCUCUACGAGGGCAAGCACUUCACAGGGCGGAAGCUGGAGGUCUUCGGGGACUGUGACAACUUCCAGGACCGAGGCUUUAUGAACCGGGUGAACUCUGUCCGCGUGGAGAGUGGAGCCUGGGUCUGCUUCGACCACCCCGACUUCCGGGGCCAGCAGUUCGUCCUGGAGCAUGGCGACUACCCUGAUUUUUACCGCUGGAACGGUCACAACGACCACAUGGGCUCCUGUCGGCCUGUGGGCAUGCAUGGGGAGCAUUUCCGUCUAGAAGUCUUCGAGGGCUGCAACUUCACGGGCCAGUGCCUGGAGUUCGAGGACGACUGUCCCUUCCUGCAGAGUCGGGGCUGGACCAAGAACUGUGUCAACGCCGUCAAGGUGUACGGGGAUGGAGCGUGGGUCCUGUACGAGGAGCCCAACUACCGCGGCCGCAUGUACCUGGUGGAACGGGGCGACUUUCGCAGCUUCUCUGACUGGGAGGCCCACAGCGCGCGCGUCCAGUCCCUCCGUAGGGUGGCCAACUUCUUCUAGCCACCCCGCCGCCGGGGUCCUGCCAGGACCAGGAGGGGCCCCGGGAGAGGGUCGGUCUCCUCCGGCCCCGCCCAGGACUCAGACCAUCGGGAAUAAAAGUCCUAAAAGCCAA